ACUCGUGCCUUGCUGCACAUUACCUUCCUUCACAACACUUCGACGUACAGAGCCUGUCCACCGCCCUUCUUCGACUUGCUUCAGAUCUCACAUCGCUGGUCGCUAACCAUUCACUUACUCCACACCAACAACAAACAAGCACCAACACCGUCAACAUGCGCUUCACUGCCCUCUUUGCCGUCAUGGCCGCCAGCGCCGCCGCUGCGCAGGAGUACGAAGUCCCCGGCGAGGAGACCACCACUCUCACCGCUACCACCACUCACACCAUCACCAUCACCGAGUGCGCUCCCGACUACGCCGACUGCCCCCUCAACAAGCCCACCACCACCACCACCGUUGUUGAGGUCCCUCCCACCACCUCGGAGGUCAUCAUCCCCACGUCUGAGCCCGUCUACGAGACUCCCAUCAUCGAGACCCCCUCGCUGUCUCCCGUCCCUCCUCCUGUCGAGCCUCCCGUCGAGACCUCGUCGUCUAUCCCCCACUACCCCGUCUCCAACUCGACGACUCAUGCCGGCCCCACCGCUCCUCACACCACCACUCUCCUCCCCGUUCCUUCCACCGUUUCUGGCAACCUUCCCAUCGUCACCGAAACCGAGGCCGUCCCCGUUCCCACCACUCCCGGUGCUGCCGAGACCUCCGAGAUCCCUCAGGCCGCCGCCGCCGGUGUCUUUGUCCAGGGCGGCCUCCUCGCCAGCAUGGUCGCUCUUGGUCUUUUCGGCCUCUUUUAA